AUGGAGACAAAAACUGUAAUUGACCCUACACUCAAUCACUCAAUGAAAGGAAGAAAUACAUUUAACACGAUAUUCCCUCAAUAUUCGCCAAGAGUAAAAGAAUUCACAACAACGAUUGAUUCAUCUUUUCAUGAGACAGUUGACUUCUCCAAUGAGUCAGGCUUUGUUCUUCACAACAAAGAUCUGCUGGAUAAAGAGCAUCACAAAAAAGUUGAUAGGCAUGUGAUUUACAGAGAGGAAAUGCUCAAAGUCAAAAACAUGAGAGCAAAGAAACAAUAA